GCUUCCUUGGAUUCGCGCCUGGCAACGGCUGGGCGUCCAGCUCUGGCCUGCGGAGGCUCAGGCGUGGCGUUUUCCUCCGGCCCACUCGUGGUCAGCCCGCUCCCCUCGGCACGAGGUACAAAUGAUGGAAAAUGUGCACCUGGCACCAGAAACAGACGAAGACGAUCUUUAUUCUGGUUUUAAUGACUACAAUCCAGCCUAUGAUACUGAGGAGUUGGAGAAUGACACAGGUUUUCAGCAGGCGGUGAGAACCAGUCAUGGCAGAAGACCUCCAGUAACUGCUAAAAUACCAAGCACAGCAGUCAGCAGACCCAUAGCCACUGGAUACGGGUCUAAGACAUCCCUGACGUCAUCGAUGGGAAGACCAAUGACAGGCACUAUCCAGGAUGGAGUUGCUCGGCCCAUGACAGCAGUGAGAGCGGCUGGCUUUUCCAAGGCAGCUCUGCGGGGCUCUGCGUUUGACCCCCUCGGCCAGUCCAGGGGCCCUGCUCCUCCUCUGGAAGCCAAAAACGAAGAUAGUCCAGAGGAAAAGAUCAGACAGUUGGAGAAGAAAGUAAACGAGCUGGUAGAAGAAAGCUGUAUUGCCAACAGUUGUGGAGACUUAAAGCUGGUUCUUUUCAACUUGGCCAGUCAGUAUUCAGCUAAUGAAAUGUAUGCAGAAGCACUAAACACAUACCAAGUUAUAGUGAAAAAUAAGAUGUUUAGCAAUGCAGGGAGACUGAAAGUGAAUAUGGGAAAUAUUUAUUUAAAGCAGAGGAAUUAUUCCAAAGCUAUUAAGUUCUACCGAAUGGCCUUAGAUCAGAUCCCAAGUGUCCAUAAAGAAAUGAGGAUUAAAAUAAUGCAGAACAUUGGAAUUACAUUUAUAAAAACUGGUCAAUAUUCAGAUGCCAUCAACUCAUUCGAGCACAUCAUGAGUAUGGCCCCGAAUCUGAAGGCAGGCUUCAACCUCAUUCUCAGUUGUUUUGCCAUUGGAGAUCGAGAAAAAAUGAAGAAGGCAUUCCAGAAAUUAAUUGCUGUUCCAUUAGAAAUUGAUGAAGAUGAUAAAUACAUCUCCCCAAGUGAUGAUCCUCAUACUAACUUACUGAUCGAGGCUAUAAAAAAUGACCAUCUCAGGCAGAUGGAACGUGAAAGGAAAGCCAUGGCAGAAAAAUACAUCAUGACAGCUGCAAAACUCAUUGCGCCUGUAAUCGAAGCGUCCUUUGCCGUGGGCUACAACUGGUGUGUGGAAGUGGUGAAGGCUUCUCAGUACGUGGAGUUGGCCAAUGAUCUGGAGAUUAACAAAGCAAUUACAUACUUGAGACAAAAGGACUUCAACCAAGCUGUGGACACCUUGAAAAUGUUUGAAAAGAAGGACAGCAGAGUGAAAAGUGCGGCCGCUACCAACCUCUCCUUCCUGUACUAUCUGGAAAAUGAAUUUGCCCAGGCCAGCAGCUAUGCAGACUUAGCUGUGAACUCGGAUAGAUACAACCCAUCAGCUCUCACUAAUAAAGGGAACACGGUUUUUGCAAAUGGUGAUUAUGAGAAGGCAGCUGAAUUCUAUAAAGAGGCCCUAAGAAAUGAUUCUUCUUGUACUGAAGCACUUUAUAACAUUGGCCUCACCUAUAAGAAGCUAAACCGACUGGAUGAAGCCUUGGACUCCUUCCUGAAACUGCAUGCAAUCCUCCGGAACAGCGCUCAAGUUCUUUGCCAGAUAGCAAAUGUAUACGAGCUAAUGGAGGAUCCCAACCAAGCCAUCGAGUGGCUGAUGCAGUUGAUCAGUGUCGUGCCGACUGACUCCCAAGCUCUGUCUAAACUAGGGGAACUAUACGACAGUGAGGGAGACAAGCCCCAGGCGUUCCAGUAUUACUAUGAGUCAUACAGGUAUUUCCCUUCUAAUAUCGAGGUCAUUGAGUGGCUUGGAGCUUAUUACAUUGAUACCCAGUUCUGUGAAAAAGCUAUUCAGUACUUUGAAAGAGCAUCUCUUAUACAGCCCACACAAGUGAAAUGGCAGCUGAUGGUAGCUAGCUGUUUUAGAAGAAGCGGUAACUACCAAAAGGCAUUAGAUACUUACAAAGAGAUCCACAGGAAAUUUCCAGAGAAUGUUGAAUGUUUGCGUUUCUUGGUUCGUCUCUGCACAGAUAUUGGAUUAAAAGAAGUUCAAGAAUAUGCCACAAAACUCAAGAGGUUGGAAAAAAUGAAAGAAAUGAGGGAACAGCGCAUAAAAUCAGGCAGAGACAGCGGUGGAGGUUCUCGCAGCAAACGAGAGGGGAGCUCUGGCAGUGACAGUGGCCACAACAAUAGUGCCAGUAGUAAAAGUGAACGACUGAGUGCCAAGCUCAGAGCUUUGCCUGGGACAGAUGAGCCUUAUGAAAGUAGCGGUAACAAAGAAAUAGAUGCCUCCUAUGUGGAUCCCCUGGGCCCUCAAAUAGAAAGACCAAAAACUGCAGCCAAAAAGAGAAUCGACGAGGAUGAUUUUGCUGAUGAAGAGUUAGGAGAUGACUUGCUUCCAGAAUAAUACAAGCUUUAGUACUCUGUGUGUGUACACGUGUGUGUGUGUGUGUGUGUGUGUGUGUGUGUGUGUGUGUGUGUGUGUACUCCAGAAGACAGCCUUGGAUGCUGUUCCCCAGGCACCAUCCAUCCACCAUUUUUGUGACAGGGUCCCUAUGUGGCCUGGAACAUGCCAUGUAGGCAGUGGCCAGCAACCUCCAGGGAUCUGCCCGUCUCCACUUCCUCUUCCCUGGUGCUGAGAUUAUAGACACUUGCCACCACAC